GCCGCCUCCUCCCGCACGGACCCAUGAACCAGCCGGGCGGCGCGGCGGCUCCGCAGGCUGACGGAGCCAGUGCAGCCGGAAGGAAAAGCACGGUGGGCAGGGAGCGCUUGAAGCGCAGCCAGAAGACCACCAAGGUGGAGGGUUCAGAGUCCGUGCCGGCUGAGGCCUCGCUGAGUGCCGAGCAGGGAACGAUGACGGAGGUGAAGGUGAAGACGGAGCUACCCGAUGACUACAUCCAGGAGGUGAUCUGGCAGGGUGAGGCCAAGGAGGACAAGAAGUCAGUCAGCAAGGAUGGGACCGGGGACGUGCCCGCCGAGAUCUGCGUGGUGAUCGGCGGCGUCCGCAACCAGCAGACCCUCGGGUCCUAUGAGUGUGGAAUCUGUGGCAAGAAGUACAAGUACUACAACUGCUUCCAGACCCAUGUACGGGCACACCGAGACACUGAAGCCACCUCAGGGGAGGGAGCCUCCCAAGGCAACAAUUUCAGGUACACGUGUGACAUCUGUGGGAAGAAGUACAAAUACUACAGCUGUUUCCAAGAGCACCGAGACCUGCAUGCAGUGGAUGUGUUUAGUGUGGAAGGGGCCCCCGAGAAUCGGGCAGACCCCUUCGACCAAGGUGUUGUGGCCACUGACGAGGUGAAGGAGGAACCCCCGGAACCAUUCCAGAAAAUCGGGCCAAAAACCGGCAAUUACACCUGUGAAUUCUGCGGGAAGCAGUAUAAGUACUACACGCCCUACCAGGAGCAUGUGGCCUUACACGCCCCCAUCAGUACCACCCCCGGGUGGGAGCCACCGGACGAUCCAGACACGGGUUCUGAGUGUUCACAUCCAGAGGUCUCCCCGUCUCCACGCUUCGUGGCAGCGAAGACCCAGACGAACCAGUCGGGGAAAAAAGCUCCGGCCUCCGUGGUCCGAUGCACCACCCUCUUACACCGCACCCCUCCAGCCACCCAAACCCAGACGUUCCGCACUCCAAAUUCGGGAUCUCCAGCAAGCAAGGCAACUGCAGCAGAAAGCGCUUUCAGUCGGAGAGUAGAAGGCAAAGCACAAAACCACUUUGAAGAGACCAAUAGCAGUUCCCAAAACUCCAGCGAACCCUACACCUGUGGCGCCUGUGGCAUCCAGUUCCAGUUCUACAACAACCUCUUGGAGCACAUGCAGUCCCAUGCAGCUGACAAUGAGAACAACAUGGCCUCCAACCAAUCUCGAUCACCAUCUGCUGUUGUGGAAGAGAAGUGGAAACCUCAACUGCAGAGGAACAGUGCCAAUAACACCACAACCAGUGGUUUAACACCCAACAAUAGCAUGAUCCCCGAGAAGGAGCGGCAGAACAUCGCAGAGCGGCUGCUGCGAGUCAUGUGCGCCGACCUGGGUGCGCUGAGUGUGGUGAGUGGGAAGGAAUUCCUGAAGCUGGCCCAGACCUUGGUGGACAGCGGUGCCCGCUAUGGGGCAUUCUCUGUCACUGAGAUCUUGGGCAACUUCAACACACUGGCGCUGAAGCACCUGCCACGCAUGUACAACCAGGUGAAGGUGAAGGUGACGUGUGCCUUGGGCAGCAACGCCUGCCUGGGCAUUGGCGUCACCUGCCACUCACAGAGCGUCGGCCCUGACUCCUGCUACAUCCUCACAGCCUACCAGGCCGAGGGCAACCACAUAAAGAGCUACGUGCUGGGUGUGAAGGGCGCAGACAUUCGUGACAGUGGAGACCUGGUGCACCACUGGGUGCAGAACGUGCUGUCGGAGUUUGUGAUGUCGGAGAUCAGGACGGUGUACGUGACAGACUGCCGGGUGAGCACGUCCGCCUUCUCCAAGGCCGGCAUGUGCCUUCGCUGCUCAGCCUGUGCCUUGAACUCAGUGGUGCAGAGUGUGCUGAGCAAGCGGACUCUGCAGGCCCGCAGCAUGCACGAGGUCAUUGAGCUGCUCAAUGUGUGCGAGGACUUAGCGGGCUCUACCGGCCUGGCAAAGGAGACCUUCGGGUCACUGGAGGAGACCUCACCACCGCCCUGCUGGAACUCAGUCACGGACUCGCUGCUGCUGGUGCACGAGCGCUAUGAGCAGAUCUGCGAGUUCUAUAGCCGGGCCAAGAAGAUGAACCUCAUCCAGAGCCUCAACAAGCACCUGCUCAGCAACCUGGCCGCCAUCCUGACACCAGUGAAGCAAGCAGUCAUCGAGCUGAGCAAUGAGAGCCAGCCCACCCUGCAGCUGGUGCUGCCCACCUACGUCCGUCUGGAGAAGCUCUUCACGGCCAAGGCCAACGAUGCAGGCACCGUCAGCAAGCUGUGCCACCUCUUCCUGGAGGCACUCAAGGAGAACUUCAAGGUGCACCCCGCACACAAGGUAGCCAUGAUUCUGGACCCGCAGCAGAAGCUGCGGCCCGUCCCGCCCUACCAGCAUGAGGAGAUCAUUGGCAAGGUCUGCGAGCUCAUCAAUGAGGUGAAGGAGUCCUGGACUGAGGAGGCCGACUUUGAACCCGCCACCAAGAAGCCCCGCUCUGCCACUGGUGAGAACCCCACAGCUCAGGAGGACGAUCGGCUUGGGAAGAAUGAGGUCUACGAUUACCUGCAGGAGCCCCUCUUCCAGGCCACCCCUGAUCUCUUCCAGUACUGGUCAUGUGUGACCCAAAAGCACACGAAACUCGCCAAGCUUGCCUUCUGGCUCUUAGCAGUCCCGGCAGUGGGGGCCAGGAGCGAGUGUGUAAAUAUGUGUGAACAGGCCCUUCUAAUCAAAAGGAGACGACUGCUAAGUCCAGAAGAUAUGAACAAACUCAUGUUUCUGAAAUCCAACAUGCUUUAAGACUUGACUUUAAGGAAGAAAAGAAGAAAAGAAAGGAAGAAAAGAAAA